AGAGAAAGGAGGGAGAGAGUGAGAGAAAGGGAGAGGGAGAGGGAGGAAGAGAGAGGCAGCUUCUUCUUCAGCAUCUCUUCUCGGCAUCAUGUCAACUAUGGUGGUGAUGGUGGUGGUGGUGUUGGUGGUGAUGGUGGUGGUGAACCUUUCCAGCUCUCUCGAUUCGAACUUCCUCAAUCACUUGGAUGGCAGGAGCGAGGGUGAGUGGCAGGCCCUGUGGAGCGAGGAACGCCUGGCCAUGUGCCGCCUCCGUCUGCGCCACAACCUGGACGCCAUCUGCGGCAAGGACGUCUUCAGGAGGUCCGCCGCGCCUCCCCCGCUGCGGCCCCCCCUGCCCCCCUGCGACCCCCACGCCUGCCCCGGGGAGGAGGAGGAGGAAGAGGACGUGGAGGUGGUGAAAGACGAAGCAUACGAAGUGAGGAGGAAGAAGGACGAAGAAGAAGAGGAGGAGGAGGAGGAGGAGGACAUGCGGCUGACGGGGAAGAAGAGAGGAGGAGGAGGGGGAGGAGGAGGAGGGGGGCAGCUCUCCCUUCACCUCCCUUCCACCACCAUUGAAAUCACCCACCCCAACGUGAAGGGAGGAGGGAUGAAGACCAGGUCCCAGCCGCCCCCCGCCCUGCCGCCCCUGCUCAGCGUCCAGCAGGCAAAUCUCUUCGUCACCACGUGGGUAGGAGGAGGAGGAGGAGAUGACGACAACGAGGGCAAUGUUGAUGAAGACGGCUUUGGUCUCUCCUCGUCCUCGUCCUCGUCCUUACCCGUGUACCGUCCCCGCCGGCGCGCCCCGCCCCGCCGCCGCCGCCGCCGCCACGCCCCGUCCAUCACGGCGGAGUGCUGCACGGCGGUGGGCUGCACGUGGGAGGAGUACGCCGAGUACUGCCCCUCGUCCUCCAGGCUCAGGCCGGGCGUCAUGCUACUCUGACACAGGGGCUGAGCUGCUCGACACCUCCCCCAGCACACCGCAGACCACCCCCGCAUCACCCCACACCAGAGGCACCCCGGAAAACACCCCAGGAGAGGAAAAAACACAAAAAAUGACAAAACUUUCCGGGCACUCACCUUCACCUGGGAUCAGCUGACUUGUGACUAGGGACGCUGGCAGCCCUCUCCAUGUCCCUUAGUCUGGUUGAUUCCUGAUUCCUCCCGCCGCCCCCUGCCGCCACGUGACCCGCCAGGCUGUUGGGCAAGUCUAGUAGGGCGAAAUGUGCGUUCAGGUCGCGUAGCUGGGUGAUAUGUUAGUGUUUAGUAGGCGGGUCUCGAGGCUGUCACCCGCGCGCCAUGUCAAGACGGGCUGAUGGAUCGGUUGAACGCGCGGGUUUGGGGGGAAUGCCGAGUUCAUUUUGCAUUUGUUUUGUGUUUUUACUCGAUUUUCUUUAUUCCUCAAGGUCUUUUAUGUUUCUAGGUUUGUUAUCGUGUCUCUGGUCAUUAGUUUUGGUUUAUGUGAUGCGCUGUAAGGUGGUUUAAAGAGGUGAAAUAUGUGGUUUUAAGUCCAUUGUUUUGGUUUCGGUGACAUUAUGCGGAAGGGAGUGACUGAUACAUUUUGCAUUUUUGUGUUUUUACUCGAUUUUCUUUAUUUCUCAAGCCCUUUUAUGUUUCUAGGUUUGCUAUCGUGUCUCUGGUCAUUAGUUUUGGUUUAUGUGAUGCGCUGUAAGGUGGUUUAAAGAGGUGAAAUAUGUGGUUUUAAGUCCAUUGUUUUGGUUUCGGUGACAUUAUGCGGGAGUGACUGAUACAUUUUGCAUUUGUUUUGUGUUUUUACUCGAUUUUCUUUAUUCCUCAAGGUCUUUUAUGUUUCUAGGUUUGUUAUCGUGUCUUUGGUCAUUAGUUUUGGUUUAUGUGAUGCGCUGUUUAUUAGUUUAAAGGGAAGAUAAUGCGGUUUGAGGUCCAUUGUUUUGGUUGUUGACAUGAUGCUGUGUUGGUGACGUUUUUUUUCAGGAUUAUUUUUGUCUUUAUUUAUCAUCCAAGGUCUAUUAUCGCUCUUAGUUUACUGUCGUGUCUUUAAUCCCUCGUUUUCGCUCAUGUGUCACGCUGUUAGUCGGUUUAAACGUGUGGACAUGAGGUUAAAGUCCAUUGUUUUGCCUGACGCGGUGUGCUGAGUCCAAAUUAGAAGGUCACUGCUGGAACGGGUGCACUCAACGAGGACACGCUGGGGUCAAAAUUAUCAUGUACGGGGGAGGUGUUGGAAAGAGUCAAGUUGUAUUGUAUUCUAAAUAUCUUUAUUACUAAAAGUGAAGGGAGGAAAAUAUAUAUAUCUAGUGCUUACGAGAUACGUGUGUGUGUGUGUGUGUGUGUGUGUGUAAUAGUAAUUAACAUAACAAUACUAAUAACAGUAACGACACAUAUACUGGCGCUGGAUGAGGCUACGACGCUACAAUAUAUACAUUAAACAAACAAACAGCCUAUUCUUCUCCCUCCACAAGGCACCUAUGUGGACUAGGUAACGGCCGGGCUGUGCGCCCUGGGGGUCCCUGCCCGCGGCAGGUUGGUCUGGGUGGGGUCUGCGACCCCUUCUUUUAUAACCUUCGACCCCCCCCCCCCAAAAAAAAAAAAAAAAAAAAAAUCAGGAAAAGUAAAGGUCGGGGUCGCUGCUCGCGCCGCACCCUGAAUCGGGGCACGCCCACGGGGCUCCCCCGACGUCUCCAGAGGACGCGGGGCAAGUUUUCCUCCUGAAGGAGCACGACCCCCAGCCCCUCUUUUAGCUGGUCCAGUUACCACUGGCAGUGAGCCGUGAGGCCCACGCCCCACGCGACAUUACUGGAGCUGAGAGGGAUGGAGGUGUUGUACGCCCCGGAGUGCAGUGCCUCCAUGACUGGUUGCUGCCCUGCCCUCAAAGUUGCUCACGUCACGGGCAGUGUGUCACUAAAAUAUACACACUAGACACACAGACUAGUCUUUGUUCUCUCUCCUCCCCGCCACAAGGCACGUCACGGGCCACAGACUAGCACAGACUCCUUCAUCUAGUAAUCUUGAAAUAUAUGCACAUGACCCUCGAGUUCCCAGACCACAAAAGUCCGGGAAUCGCGCAAUGGAUUCUAAAACACAUACAAUCAACAUCUAACAAUUCUAAACUCCAUACAACAGCAUCAGAGCUUCUCUGAGGAGCAAGGCAGAGCAUUAAAUCCACUCCACAGCCUUCCUUGUAGUUUAUAGAGGAUUCAAGCCUAUGUGUUAGCUCUUUGGCACCGUUUAGGACAUUGAACCCUCUUUGUAAGCUCUGUGGCACUGUAUAUGGCAUUCAACCCCUUUUAUAACCUCUCUGAACCUCUAUACAGUAUCAAAGUGUCUACAGAGGGGGAUUUGAUCAACUUUACUUCUUCCAACCUCUCCCGAACCUCACUCAACCUCUUUCAACCUCUCCAAACCUCUAAACAACUUCCUUCGACAUCUCCCAACCUCUUAACAACCCCUCAAUGGCAUCAGAUCGUCUUCAUAAGCUCAGUAAAGGUUUGAACUCUCUUAGUAAGCUCUUUGGCACCUAAAUAAAGGAUUAGAUUGUCUUUGUAAGCUCUGAAGGGGAUUUGAUUCUUUGUAUAUAGUGUUUGGGGGUUUGAGCACAGGUGUUGUGGGGAGUGGGGGGGAGAGAGGGCAGAGGGUUAUUGAAGAGAUAGAGAUAGAUUUAAUGACAGACAGACUUACAGACAGAAGAAAGAUAUAGACAGACAGACAGACAGAGAAACAAAGAUGGAAAUAGAGAAAUAGAAAGACAGAGAGACAGACAAACAGAUUGAUGGAUAGACAGACAGACUGAUGGAUAGACAGACAGACAUACAGACACACAGAAAAACAAAGACAGAAAUAGAGAAACAAAAAGACAGAUUAACUGACAUAGAUACAGACAGACAGAUUGAUGGAUAGACAGACACAGACAGAAAAAGAUAGACAGGAAAAAGAAAUACACACACAUACACCAGACAGCUUA